CCGCCUCGGAUUCAUCAUCGUAGCUGUACUGAAUGCAGCCGACGCAAGGUGCGAUGCAACCACCACCAUCCGUGCUCCAACUGCGUCAAGGCUGGGAGCGAAUGCAUCUUUCCCACGUCCAGGCGCACCCCAGUGAGGCGUGAAAAAGCCACCAGACGACGAGAUGAGGAGCUGUUAAAAUCGCUGCGGAGACUCCAGCGCCGACUGCAAUCCACCGAGGUUACACAGCUGGUGGCUCGGGGCGAAGCUGACGACCAUUGCAACGAGGGUAACAGCCCUGAGGAAAGAAUACGUCAAGAUGAAGGGACGAGAAGCAAGCAAAUCAGCCCUUUCGGCCCUUCUCCCCCGACAACCCGUGUUGACAAUGUGCCGGGCAAUACUGAGGAGCCCGCUCGGUUAAUGCUUGAUCACGAUCGUAGCCGGUACAUCAGCAAUCAUUUCUGGGCAAGCAUGUCCAGAGAGAUUGACGAAAUGCGAGACAUCUUGGACGGCUCCUCGUCAGAGCAAGAAGACGACGGCCAAGACCAUCAGGACCAAGGCAGUGCGGCUACGCCAAGCUCUCGUCUCUCACAUAAUAGCCGUGACUUUCCCAUCUUCAGCCCGUCUGCCACUUCGCAGUCACUACAGUCUCUCUACCCGAGCUCUUUAGAUUUCUUGACCAUUUUUGACGUGUUUCAAGAGAAUGUCGACCCCGUUGUUCACAUCUUCCACCGCCCGACGAUGCGGAAAACUGUCACCGAGGUACUGCCUCUCCUAGACGGAUCGUCGCUGGACCGCGUGGCGGGGGUGGUCGUGUUUUCCGUCUGUUGUGCCGCGUUGACUAGUCUGAGCGAUGCGGGCUGCCGUGGGCUCUUGCGGGGAGAGCGGCGCGUGUUGCUCUCGCGAUAUCGGUAUGCGACGGAGCAGUCGCUGUCCAGAGCCCGCUUCUUGGAGUCGCAAAACCUAGGGGUCCUCGCAGCCUUGAUAUUGUUCUUGCUCUGCCUUCGUCGACACGACGACUCCCGCCUCGUCUCCAGCCUGCUCGGCGUGGUAAUUCGCAACGCGCAAGCUGUGGGAUUACAUCGGGACGGCACAAAGUUUCAGCUCUCGCCGUACGAGACAGAGUGGAGGCGUCGUCUGUGGUGGCACAUUUGCGUGCUCGAUAUCCGUGCUGCAGAAGAUCACGGGUGCGACCCGUCAAUUUACGACCAAAAUUACGACACCAGAUUCCCGCUUAACAUCAACGACGACGACCUUUCUCCUGAAGCCACCGUUGCGCCACCAGAACGUCAGGGAAUCACCGAUAUUACCUUCUGCCUCCUGCGCUUCGAGGUUGCGGUCGCCAUCCGCAAGCUCAACUACCAUGGCCCUGUCGGGAGCCCGGAGCCGGUGCUGUCCACGGCUGAGAAACGUGGCUUGGUCGAGACGAUAGAGAAACGCUUUUACGAACGCUACAUUAACCGCUGCGACAUUACCAAACCCUUUGACUGGGUCUCAGCUGCGUGGGCACGGCUGAUGCUGUCCAAAAUGUGGCUUGCUGUGAGCAAUCCGCUACAUCCUCAAGACGCUAUCGACAGUGCUGCUGCUCUCAAUAUCCGACACGUUGCCUUUAAAAGGUCUGUCGAAAUGCUGGAGCUAGCAGACUCGUUAGAAACAGGGCAUAGGGCCGCACGGUGGCGGUGGUUGUUCAUGACGCAUGUCCAGUGGCACGCCGUUGUCUUUGUGCUGGCCUAUCUCUGCGUCCAUCCCACCGACGAGCUGUCCCAUCGUGCGUGGCUGGUGAUGGAUAGAGUCCGUGAGCGGUGGCCCCAAGGUAGUCGCUCUAGGAAAGGGAUGCUCUGGAAGCCCGUUCAUCGACUCAUGGACCGCGCACAACAAAUUCGGGCUCGUCAAGGACAUAAUCCCCCAAACGAGCCUGGUAUCUCUGAAGCGAGUCAUCAUCGGCCUUACCAUAACCCUCUACCAGGCGUCGCUUCGCAAAUUGGAGUCCCG